AUGGCUUCAACAGCCGUUAUCCCCGCCACUGAAACACAGGGCAAGACGUCACCAUCAACAACUUCGACGCGACGCGUCGCACAGUUGACUGAGCAUCUUGCGCCCGUGAGCGAGACGGAACAAGUCAACACUCAACCUGUAUUGCCAAUCAACUAUCCUGUCUCGCAACUGCAACUUGACCCCAAUCACCAUAUCGACGAUGUCCGGCAGCUGAAAGUUGCUGUCAUUGGGGCUGGUUUAGCUGGUAUCAAUGCCGGUAUUCUACUUCCAGCGAAAGUUCCUGGAAUUCAGUUGACUAUUUUCGAGAAGAACGAGGACGUAAGCGGAACAUGGUUGGAGAACACAUACCCUGGUGUACGAUGUGAUAUACCAGCCCAUGUCUAUCAGAGCACAUUCUCGCCUAAUACGCAAUGGUCUGAGAUCUUCGCUAAAGGUGCUGAGAUUCGAGAUUACUGGCAAGCAACAGCCAGGAAACACGACGUCUACAAAUAUGUCAAGUUGCGACAUCGCGUCGACGAUGCAUCGUGGGAUGAUGCGAGAUCUAAAUGGAGCGUAAAAGUCCACAACCUCGUCAAUGACACCUCAAGCCGGGAGGAGUUCGACUUCGUUAUUACAGCCAUUGGGCGCUUCAACGCCUGGAAGUUGCCAGACUAUCCAGGCCUCGAUACCUACAAAGGCCAUCUUCGGCACACGUCGAAUUGGGACCCGUCUUACGACCCAACAGGCAAAAGGGUCGCAGUCAUCGGCAACGGAGCAAGCGGACUUCAGAUAGUACCGCACCUGCAGCGAAUAUCGAAGCAUGUCACUCACUUUGUACGUAACCCAACGUGGAUUGCCACAUCGUGGGCUGGAGACGAGAGGACUUUCGAGCCUCAGCCAUACCCUGCCGAUCAACGAGAGUCAUUCCAAGAUCCAGAAAUCUAUCUCAAGUUCCGUAAAGAGAUCGAAGAGAAGUACUGGAGGCGCUUUCGGGCUAUGGUGCGAGGAUCUGAAGAGAAUGAGGGUAUCAGAGAAACCUUCAUCGAAGUGAUGAAAGCGCGAGCGGCUAAAAAACCCGAACUACUGGACGGCUUAAUUCCAGAAUUUGCACCGCACUGCCGAAGACUGACUCCAGGCCCUGGAUAUCUCGAGGCGCUCACUGAGGAGAAUGCCGAGCUUGUCAAGACGCCAAUCAAGCAAUUCACAUCUGCUGGCAUUGAGACAGUCGAUGGCAAGACAUAUGAAUUCGAUGCUAUCUUCUGCGCCACCGGCGCCAAUACCGAUCUUGUACCGCCGUUCCCAAUUAAAGCACGCGGGAUAGAUCUGAACAAAGCCUGGAAGCCGGACGGUGAAUUCGGAUUUCCUUACACCUACCUAGGCACUGCAACGCCAGGCUUUCCAAACCUGUUUUUCCUGGCCGGACCGCACGCAACUGGUCCAUCUGGAACCGUUCCACAGGCCGUAGAGACGGCGCUCACAUACUUUGCAAAGAUACUACGAAAGGUUUCUUCUCAAGGCAUCAAGUCCAUUGCACCAUCCAAGGAGGCAGCAGAUGACUUUGUAGACUAUUGCGAUGCCUUCUUCCCAAAGACCGUACUGACAGACAACUGCUCCUCGUGGAACAACGGAGGACUCCCUGGACAGAGGAUACAUGGACUAUGGCCUGGGUCUGCUGCCGGGCUUACCCUUGUUAGACGCGACCCCCGCUGGGAAGACUGGGAGUAUGAGCGGUUCAACAAGCAGAAUCGAUUUGCAUAUUUGGGCAAUGGAUACACCAGAGGGGAAAUUGAUGAGUCUGCUGAUCUGACUUCGUACCUCAAAGCACCUGGUCAGGAGCUGGACCUGAAAGACGUCCACGAGAGCUGGUGGGAUCUACCAGGUGCCAUCAAGAAGUCAACUUGA